AAGGCUGAUUGGAAGGUGGAGCAGACAGGCAAAUGAUUUCCUUAGCCUGAUGAAAUGUAUUGGCUCUUUCCAUGUAAAUAGUUCUCCACUUUCCCUUAGUUUUCUUUUCACUUUGUAAUGACCUGAUGUCAGUGGAAGAAAGAGUCUCUGCUUCAUGAUCUUUGGGCAGUCUGUGUUGAAACAACAUGUUACAUCUGUGGAUCUUACAGCCAACUACCUUCAGCUGCGUCAUCAACAAUCUUUACUCCAUCCUAAGGCCAGAGUUUGGGAUAUUCAAUGAUGAUCCACAAUGUUCAGCACAAUUUGUGACAUCUCCAAUACUGCAACAAUUUUUGUGCAAAUGUAGAGGCACCAGGACAGCAUACAGCUUCAGGCUGAUAAGUGGCAAGUAACAUUUCUGUCAUAUAAGUGCCAGGCACUAACGAUCUCCAACAAGAGAGAAUAUAACCACAACCCUUGACUGAUUGCAUUAUCUUUGCUAAAUCCCUCACUCUCAAAAUUCCUGGACUCCACUUUGACCAGAAAAUGAACUGAACCAGUUGUAUAAAUAAUAUGGUUGCAAGAGCAAGUUAAAGUCCAGCAAUUAUACUGCAAGCAACUCUCCUUCCUGUCUGUCCACCAGGCACAAGUCAGAAGUGAGUUGAAAAAUACUCCAUUUACCUGGAUGAGUACAGCCCUAAAAAAGAUCAACAUCACCCAGGUCAAAACAGCUCACUUGAUUGGCCUCUCAGCUACCAUCUUUAGCAUUUGGUACUUUCACCAGCAAUGCACAGUAACAGCAGUGUGAACUCCAAAUAAGAUACUCUGCAGUAACUCUCCAAGGCUGCUUCUCCUCACCUUUCAAUCCAACAAACUCAACCAUCUCGGAGGGAAAGGUUAGCAGGUACAUGCGAACACCACCAUCUAAACAUUUCACUCCAAGCCACACACCAUCCUGACUUGGAAUUAUAUCACUGUUCCUCACUGAAUCCUGGGACUCCUGCCUCAACAUCAUCACAUGUGUGUCUCUGCACCCUGAGGAGUUCCGUGCUUCAAGAACACAGUUCACCAUCACCUCUCCUCAAGACAAUUAGAGUUGGUCAAUAAAUUCUGGCCUUGCCAGCGAUGCCCACUUAUACAAAUGAACAAGAAAAAGAAAUAUCUGUCAUUUUAAAACAGACUGUGUGGAAACGGUUACAACUAAUAGCUGAUCUGGAAUGUUUGGAUUGGUGGUAGAUAUCACCUGGGACCUUGCAUCUAAUCCUGACAUGUGUAAACAGGACUAUUUUCCUUUUAACAAACUGACCACCAACUGCAGGGUCAUUGGACCUUGUACUGCUCUCAGCCCUGAUUCGGAGAUGAAAUUGUUACCCAAUGCUGUUAACAAUCUAUGUGAGAAAGGUUUACACAAAAGCUGCACAAGAAAAGCGCUUAAAGUGUGAUAAAGAAUGGAUGAGAAUGAAUUGGCUUUACCUCCGAGUUACCGUCAAAAACACCCUCCUGAGGGCACUGUGAUACUUGAGCAACGCGAGAAUGUAAAUGCAGCCCCCAGCAAACAUGUGGGUGAAGCUGAUGAGAACAUGGAACGAGGUAACUGGUCCUCCAAGACUGACUACUUUCUAUCGGUGAUCGGCUGUGCUGUGGGUCUGAGCAAUGUCUGGAGAUUCCCGUACCUGGCUUUCAGAAAUGGUGGAGGCGUGUUUCUAAUUCCCUACACCCUGAUGCUGGCUUUCAUUGCGAUGCCAAUGUUUUACUUGGAAUGUUCCUUUGGGCAGUUUGCCAGUCUCGGACCUGUUGCAGUGUGGAAAGCUGUGCCCAUGUUACAAGGUGUGGGGAUUACGAUGGUCCUGUUCAGUACCAUUAUAGACAUCACUUACAAUGGCAUCAUUGGCUACAGUCUGUACUACCUGUUUGCUUCCUUCCAAUCACCCCUGCCGUGGGCAGAUUGCUUCAGUUGGUGGGGAGCAGAUGAAACAUGCAGCAGGACUCCCAAAGGCCCACUCUGCAAUCUCACUCUGAACGAUGGAUAUUUUAAAAUUGUUAAUACAACAUGGCUGCAGACAAACAAUGAAACUUGUCCAAAUGGAUCAGAAAUCUCCAUUUCUCACCAGGGUCCGAGUGAGCAAUACUGGGAGAAAGUAGUUUUACGCCGUUCCAGUUCAAUUGAAGAGACUGGGGAGAUUGUCUGGUAUUUAGCUCUUUGUCUGCUUUUGGCCUGGCUGAUAGUUGGAGCAGCCUUAUCUAAAGGAAUCAAAUCUUCAGGCAAGGCUGUUUAUUUUACUGCAACGUUCCCAUAUGUGGUUCUGACUAUACUCCUGAUCCGAAGGAUUACCCUGGAAUGAGCCUAUAAAGGGAUUGAAUUCUACAUUGGAAAGCAGUUGGACCUCUCAAAGCUGACUGAUGCUGAGGUCUGGAAAGAUGCUGCAACACAGAUUUUCUAUUCUCUUGCAGUGGGUUGGGGCAGUUUAAUAACACUGUCAUCCUACAAUAAGUUCCACAACAACUGUUACACAGAUACCAUUGUUGUCUGUGUUGUUAAUUGUGCUACCAGUGUAUUUGCUGGAUUUGUCAUCUUCUCCAUCCUUGGACAUAUGGCUCAUAAACAAGACAAGCUUGUUUCAGAGGUUGUCCAGUCAGGUUUCGGUUUGGCUUUCAUUGCCUACCCAGAGGCCCUUGCACAGUUGCCUUGGGCACCUUUAUGGGCCAUGUUAUUUUUCUUCAUGCUGAUCACUCUAGGACUCAGCAGUCAAUUUGUAGCUGUAGAAGCCAUUAUAACCUCAUUGCUGGACCAGUUCCCUACAUUUCUGCGAUCAAAGCGUCUUUCUGUGACAGCUGGUGUAUGCUUGGUGAUGUAUCUCCUCAGUGUCCCAUGUGUGACACAGGCUGGGAUCUACUGGAUCAAUUUAAUUGAUCAUUUCUGUGCUGGAUGGGGGCUUCUGGCAACUGCUCUGUUGGAACUGAUUACUUUAAACUGGAUCUAUGGGCUGAACAGAUUCAUCAAGGACAUUGAAAUGAUGAUUGGGGAAAGGAAUUGGCUCUUCUGGCUGUGGUGGAGAGCAUGCUGGUUUUUAAUCUCACCAAGUUUGCUCGCAAUCAUCUUGGUCUGGUCAUUAGUAACGUUUGCCCCACCAACAUAUGGACCUGUUAAAUAUCCUAUCUGGGCAGUAGCACUGGGCUGGUGUAUGACCAUCUUCUGUAUUAUAUGGAUCCCCAUUGUGGCCGUAGUGAGAGUUGUCCGAGCCGAGGGCUCCACCUUGUGGCAGAAAAUUUCUGCAGCUCCUGAUUGGGGUCCGUACCUGGAAGAGCACAGAGGGGAACGAUAUAGAAGCAAGCUUGAUUCUACGGAAGCCCCAAAUUGUCUACAACUUCUGGCAACACCUGAGAUCUGAAAACUUCUAAUAUAAUUCAAAUCACCUUGAUGAUGUAUCACUGAUCUGGUAUACUCCCUCUGUCACAUCAAUGUGAGUUUUUCAAGGAUAGUCAGCAAGUCAGCUGUGAUAAUCCAGAUAUGCUGUAUGUCAGUUACUUCCUUGUAACCUGGCAUUUCUUUGCCAUAUGUUUUGUUUCAGUUUCUUUUCAAAUCACUUGGGUGCUGUUAAACUAUUCUUCUUUUCUUCAGGGUUACGCUUGGAUUCUCUUGUUAACUUGUCCCAAUGUCGUCUUCAUAACUACUGGGUUCCUUCCAGUUCUUGUUGGCAUUGGUCGAUUGCUUUCGAAUUUAUUUCUCAACUUUAACUAAAUUCUUGGCGGAAACUUUGUAGACGUGGGAAUUUAUUUCAAAUUAUUUGGAAUAACAACACUUUGCAAGGCUGUUUUUAUUUAAUAAACCAUACGAGAUUAAAAUAUAAACUAAAAAAGCAACAAGAUGAUGUUGAACUUUUAUAAAUUAUCAGGUUGUAAGUUUUCUCGCUGAGCUAGUAGAUUUGUUCUCAGACUUUUGUCAUCAUGCUAGGUAACAUCAUUAGUGAGCGCUGGUGUUCUGUCCCACUUUCUAUUUGUGUAUCUUGGU